CGUAUGUGAUGUACCCUCAAAUAUAUGCAAAACAGGCUUAUGAUAAUAGAUACGUGUUUAAUAAAGCUAGUUUUAUAUUAAAAUCAUAUGCUCUGUAAAAAAAAGGACAAAUUUAAUGAAAUUAUGUCUUUCAUAAAUUCAGGACCCCCCUACUCAAGAACUUAAUUCAGUGUUCCGUUGUUGCUCAACGGUCAACGCUCCUGCUGCCGUAGCUCCAGUUAGCCUCGGCGGGCUAAUUUCUUUCACCACCAUGGAUUAAAGCGGACUAUGAGUGUUAAUAUUCACAUGGCAGGGCCGUGGAAAACAAAUAUAUGUCACGGUUACACUUACACGAGUGGACUAAGCCCGUGUCCUCGGCUUCAUCGGAACAGACAAAGCAGAGAGAAGGUGAGCGCUGACCAUGGAGGCCGUCUCCCACUCUCUCUCCACCACAGCUGGCCAGCUGCCCUGGUUGCGUCUGACUCUGUUCACAUUGUGGACAGUGUUGUGUUCAGCAGACACAAAGCAGGCGAGAUGGCCAUUGUACUCCAAGAAGCCGGUUCUUCUCGCCUGGAACGCCCCGACACAAGAGUGCGCCCCGCGACGUGGCGUCACUUUAUCUCUGGAGCAGUUUGACAUUGUUGCGACCCCCAAUGAGGGCUUUGUCCGGCAGAAUCUCACCAUUUUCUAUAAGGAGCGCCUUGGCUUGUAUCCCCAUUAUGAGCGUGGUGGCAAUGCAGUUUAUGGUGGCCUCCCACAGCUCGCCAGCCUCACUCAGCACUAUGAAAAGAUGCCCGAAGGUUUGCAGAAAUAUAUACGCGAGCCGGAUGCGAAAGGUUUGGCUGUUAUUGACUGGGAGGAGUGGCGCCCGUUGUGGAUCCGAAAUUGGGACACGAAAGAUAUCUAUCGGAGUAAAUCCCGCGAAAUGGUGGCCAAAAAGAACCCUAAGUGGACCCCAGAACAUGUGGGGAAAGUUGCACAACAGGAAUUUGAGCUGUCGGCUCGCAAAUUCAUGCUGGAGACUCUAAAACUUGCCAAGAGUUUGAGGCCAAAUCAGCUGUGGGGCUUCUACCUGUUUCCAGAUUGUUACAACCAUGACUACAGGAGCGGCCUGAAGAACUACACAGGCCGCUGUCCCCGUGUGGAGAUGGAGCGCAACGAUCAACUAAACUGGUUGUGGAUGGAGUGCACCGCGUUUUUUCCAUCUAUAUACAUCGUUCCUGCACUAAGCUCUACAAAUUAUGGCCGCCUUUUUGUCCGAAACAGAGUAAAGGAGGCGAUGCGCCUAGCAUCUGUUGGGGAUGGAUUAGCACGGCCUGUUUUUGUUUACACACGCCCUACUUACAUCAAUCAGAUGACCCCCCUAACUGAGACAGAUCUGGUCUCCACCAUUGGUGAGAGUGUUGCACUUGGAGCUGCAGGUGUAAUCUUCUGGGGGGACGCCUCUUAUGCAAGCAGCAAUACCAGCUGCUCCACCCUAAAUAAGUAUCUUCAGGGACCGCUGGGCCGGUACCUGCUCAAUGUAUCUACAGCGGCAGAACAGUGCAGUCAGCUGGUGUGUAAAUCCCACGGACGCUGUCUGCGCAAAACACCGGACAGCGACGUAUACCUGCAUCUCAGCCCCGUAGUGCACAGCAUCACCGGUCAGGGCGGCAAGCUGAAGGUUACAGGCGUGCCUGGCAAAGCAGAGCUGGCUUUUUUCCGCACGCAUUUCCAGUGCCAGUGCUACAGUGGGUACAGGGGUGAGGCCUGUGCUCAGAAAGAAAAAGGGCAGAAUAGAGCCUCCUCUGUCUUAGGAACCUGGCCCCUUUGCCUUUUACUCCCACUAGGACUCCUCUCUCUGCUACACUGAGGAAACUGAGAAGUCCAAACUAUUCGUUGCUUCUGCCAGCCCUGAAAGGACAGUUUGACAUGAAGGUGGUACGUUUUUGUGCACUCGUGAUACUGGUGUGUUGACAGCAUCAGACAGACAAUCCUGUCACCAGAAAUCUCCCGGUAUGACAGGAGAUUAUUAUCCCAGCACUCAGACACAUCUGACAGCAAUAUUUAUGUCUGACAAGCUGCACUGGCAGAGCUUCAUUCUCAGGACCACCUCCUAGAAUUAAUAUCCAUCCAUCAGUAUUGCAAUAGGUUAUUAAUUAAAAUCUUACUGUCUCCUUAAAGGACUCUGACUACUAAUACUAUCAGGUUACUUUCAGUGGGACAUUAGAACAGAACACCAUGAGCCUUGAGCAAAAAUAAGUGGAAGUAAAGGUACAUUUGAUGCCCAGCGACACACAGUAUUGACCACCUGUCGGUGCAUCACAACAAAAUAACAUUAGGUAUCCGGUGUUUGCACAUUGCUGCCCAUUUCAGCAUCAUAGUUUAUAUCUGUCGAUGGAAGCUGUUAACGCAUAGCCUUGUGAAUGAAAUAUAAAUUGUACAUUAUUCCAAAAGGCGAUGUAGAAACAACAUGGCUGGACCUGCCUGUUUCAUUUAAAAGUUGUGCCUUAACUUGGCGCUAAGGGCUCUUUUCUUUUUUAAUGGUUGCCUUUGUUUACAAGUUUUGAUUAUCGAGGUGUUCAUCUCAGCCCUCUGCUGGGCACAGUGCUUUGUACUGAUAUCAAUACCAUAUGCCUUCCGGUUGUUGUUGUUUUUUAAUUACCAAGUAAAGUGUUUUCAAUGGACAGAGGGUGUCUCUCACUCCCUGUACAGAUUGUAAAGCCCUCCGAGGCUAAAUGUCUUUUGUGACUUUGGGCUAUACAGAUAAGAUUUGAUUUGAUUUUCAAUGUUGCGUGGAGUACAGGAACAGUACUUGUAGAGGGGCAGACGGGGGUGGUGUUUCCCAUCUUUAGAAAGGGGGACUGGAGGGUGUGCUCCAAUUAUCGGAGUGUCACUGCUCUGCCUCCACUUGAAAGUUUUUUCUAGGGUUCUGUCGACCUCAGAUUCAGGAGGAGCAGCCCGUGAUGAGAGUCACCACCUCCAAAUCAGAGGCAAUGGUUCUCUGCUGGAAAAUGGUGGACUGCUCCCUCUGGGUUGGGAGCGAGUUGCUACCCCAAGCAAAGGAGUUUAAUUGUCUCGGGUCUUGUUUACGAGUAAUGAGAAAUUGGAGCGUGAGAUGGACCAGUGGAUCGGUGUAGUGAUGAGGAAGGAGCUGAGGCGGAAGGCAAAGCUCUUGAUUUUCCAGUCCAUCUAGGUUCCAACCCUCGCCCGUAGUCAUGACCUUUGGCUAAUGACUGAUAGAAGGAGUUUGUUGAUACAAGCUUCUGCUGGCUCAGUCUUAGAGAUGGGGUUAGGAGCUUGGAAAUAUGGAGGGAGCUCGAAAGCAUCCAACUAAGGUGGUUCGGGCUUAUGAUUAGGAUGGGCGCCUUCAUUUGAAUGGAGAGAGAGAGAAGAAGAGAAAAGAGAAAAGUUACUAUUUGUUUAAAAAUUGUGUCUUCUAAUUCACAUAUCACUGUGAAAGCAAGUUAUGAUCUUCUUUUUAAAAAAACAGGAAAUUAUCAGCGUCCAUUUUGCCAAAUCAUUGUGAAUUUUCUUGAAAACAGACACGAGGCGGAUGGCUGAUCACAAUUAAUUUUAAUUUAGUUCCAGAUAUAUAUUGGUUUUGCUAACUGUCGGCUAAUGAGUAACAAGAAAUAUUUUAACAAAAUGCCAAAAAACGUUUUUUACAAUUCUUUAAUAACCAAAUGUAAGGGAUCCUUUUGAAAAUGUUUUUUUUUUUUUAAAUCUGUUUUGUUUAUGUUUUUUUUAACUAUCUGUUUGUUUGUUUGUCUGUUUUUAGCACAUAGUUUGACUAGUUUGGCUUGCACAGCAGUUUGUGUCCGGGUUCCUGCCAGUGGCACUGUUAAUAUCAAUUUACUGUAGCUACAUCUUCAUAUUAGUUUAUUACCAAAUAAAUAUAAUUCCUAGACUCGUGCUAGCUGAGCAGUUUCAUAUUUAUGCAGUAGGUUCUGUAUUUAUUCUCCAUGGCGUUGCUCAGAAAAAAUAUUUAGCUUCCUUGAAACUGGGUAACUGUGGCAAGUGGUACGUUGUGCUGUUUUAUGUACGCCGCAAACUUUAUAACACAAUGCACUUUAACUGCUUUUUUUCGUUGAGGUGGAUCGUGCUUUGUUUCAUGUUGAUACUUAAUAAAAGGUGAAAUGCUGGAUACAGAAGUCUGUAAAGCAUGUAGUGCAUUACACUAAAGAUAGUGUUCUUCCAUGUAAUGUACAAUGUUGGAGAUAUGUUCCACUGUGAAUCUUGUCUAAGAGAAAAUGCUUGUGUGCUUUUAUGAUUGUUGUACCUCCCUUGGUUUUUAUUUGUCACUAUCUUUAAAUAAUGUAUUGUGUUAGAGCAUCUGAACAUAUUCAGAUUAACACUUGAAUUAUAAAAUGGGAAGACGUCACCCAUGUAUGGCAGCACAUUUUACCCCAGUGUACGAUUUUCACAAGUUAAUAUCAAGGAUCACUAUUUACGUUUCAAAGAAAGCUGUAAACCAGAUGUUUUUGCAGUGUUGAGCCUUUUUACAUCAAGUAGAAAAAUGCUGCCAACCUUUUUUUAAAACAUGUUUUA